CUCUCAUUCCUUUCUGAGUGCGCUCUCUCUCUCUCUCUUCUCUCUCAAAUAACAAAAGCUUUAGCUACCUAGCUCUUUCCCCCUUCUUGGUUGGCACUUGUAUUAAUUGCUGCUUCCAAAUUCCCUUUUCUAAUUUAAUUGCUAUCUGCCUACACUACAACUAACUUCUUUUCAUUUCAUUUUCCUCUCGCACUCUCAGCCCCAAAUAUGGAGGCGAUCACUGCUUCUUUAGAAAGGUCUCUUCAAAACUGUUCUUUAAACAACAACAACAACAACCACCACCAGUUGCAGAAUGGGAGGGAAGACGAGGGUUCAAGUUCAACCACAGAUGCUGCAGAUGCAGAUGCAGUAACAGGAAUAGGAAUAGGAAUAGGAAUCUCAUCCAACUCAGACGAUAAUAAUCACAACAACAACAGCAACUCCGAUACCACAUUAGAGCUCAACUCUCAUAUCUCCCUCCCUUACCAUUGGGAACAAUGCCUUGAUUUAAAGACGGGAGAAAUUUAUUACAUAAACUGGAGAAACGGGAUGAAAGCAAAGGAGGAUCCAAGAUCAACAGAAGAAUAUGAUAAUAAUGAAAUAGAAGAUGAAGAAGAAGAAGAAGAGGAUGAAGAAGAAGAAGAAGAGAGUUGGUACGAAAGUGAAGAGUCUUCAUCGGAGUCUUCAAUAAUAUCAAAAGAACAGCAAUAUCAAAAUCAGAAGAACAAGAAACAGAAUAAUAAUGAUGUUUUGGUAGUUGCUGGUUGCAAGACAUGUCUAAUGUAUUUCAUGGUGCCAAAGCAUGUUCAAGACUGCCCCAAAUGUAGUGGUCAACUUCUCCACUUUGAUCGAUCCCAAAAUUCCUCUCCUUGAUUUAUUUAAUUAUUAUCCUUCCUUUUCUUUGUUUUUGCCAGCUGCGAUUAAUGUGAACUUGCAGAUAUUCUCUCUUUUUUGUUUAUUAAUUAUUAUUAUUACUAUUUAGGAUGAAAUUUUUCAUCUUUUCAACUAAGAGAUCGACCUUUUUUUCCUCGUGUUUCGUU